UAGUGGUCCUAGGGUUUUUCAACUUGAAAAAUCUCUGAGUUCUAUGGACCAAGGUUCUUUAUCUGUGACGCAAUAUUAUAAUGCUUUCAAAUCUUUCUGGGAUGAAUAUGUCACUUAUCGCACUGUUAUUCGAUGUACUUGUGGUGCAUGUAAUUCCUGCACUUGCAACAUUUUUGAUGCCAUCUAUGCUGCUCAACAGUCUAAUUCUGUUAUGAAAUUUCUUAUUGGCCUCAAUGAUUCAUUUUCAUCUAUGCGAA